GACAGAGAAAUCGGGGAAGGAAAAGAGCAAAAGCGGCAGCCGUUUUCUUCUCGAUUCAGUCGGUUUGAUCUGUCUUCGCCUUUCAUUUCGCUACUUAAUGCGUUUUUUUGAAACUUUCUGCUUGUGCUUACGAUCAGAUCUUCUCGACUCUUAUAGAACAUAAUUUUGAUUUGGAUCUGAACUCUUUCAUCUCUCUCUCUCUCUAAAAAUUUGCAGAGAAUUCGAAUGAUUUCUUCCUCUUUUGUAGAAAUUUGCUGCAAGAAUACAAAACUUACGCUCUUUCUUUCGAUGAAAUUGCAGAAAAUAAGCAUAAACAUUUCCCCUCUCACUCUUAGGGUUGCAGAAACGAGAAAUACAAGCCUCUCUCUCUCUCUAUGAGAAGCUUCAGAGAUCGAAAUUCAAGUUCUAUGUGCUUUCUCUCUCUAGAAAGUUGCAAAAACAGAGCAAAUUUCCAGAAUCAUCAAACUCAUAAUCGGAAAAGGUUGUAGGGUUGCCGGAACAUGGAGAUGGAGAAUCAACAACCGUUUCAGAUCGACCUGGGGAAUCUAAUGGCGUUCAAUCCUCACCAUAAAUUUCCUUCUCUCUCUUCCUCCAGGGAGGAUCUAGUUAGUGAAUGUCUGCAAAAGGGCGCAGAGUUAGCUCAAUUUAUUGCUAAUGAUCUUUUCAACCUGCCUUCAACUGAAGACAGAGAUGGUCCGCUCGUGAGGUUGCCUCCACCUUCUACACGAUUGCCGAGAGAGAAACCUUUGCCAAAGCCCAAACCUCCUACAAAAUGGGAGCUUUUUGCCAAAAAAAGAGGCAUAAAGAAUCGUAAAAAAGAUAAGAUAGUGUAUGAUGAUCAGACGGGUUCAUGGAAACGUCGCCAUGGUUAUGAUCGUGCAAAUGAUGAGGAGAACAUACCCAUAAUUGAGGCCAAGAUGACUGAUGAGCCCGGGGUGGAUCCAUUUGCUGCAAGGCGAGCCAAUAAGAAAAACCGAGUUGAAAAACAAGAAAGGAAUCAGUUACAGAAUCUGAAGCAGGCUGCAAAAGUUGGCGCUCUACCAAGUCACGUUCAACUAGCUGCCACUGCUUUGCCUAUAACUGGAACUCAAGCUGCACCAAAGAAAAUUACCAAGGAUGAACUUGGAAACGUAGCUGGAAUGGCAGCAACUUCAACAGCCAGUGGUGGAAAAUUUGACAAGAAGUUAGCAGGAGAAAAACCUGCGAAACAUCAAGGAAAAUAUCGCAAGUUUCUGCCUGUUGUGGAGGGAACAGGGAUAGGCUCUCAAGAAAGAGAGCAAACUGAGAAAGUUCUUAACAGAUUAAUUUCCAAGAAUUCACACGAGAUUCUCAAUAUUAAUAAGGCUGUCAACAUGUACAAUGUGAAAAAAGAAAAGAAACAAAGAAACCAACGAGGGAAGUCUUCAUCAAUGUCAAGCAACAAGUUGAAACCAAAUAAGAAACUACAGAAGAAGCCAUUGAAGAAGGGAUCUUCAAAGAAUGGCAAGGCAAAAUGAACGAAUUUUCGCAAUAGAUCAUGAGCUCUUGUAGAGGUGCGCGUGUUAGAUUACAUUCUUCUUGACAUUCUGAAUGUACCAUUAUUAUCAUUAUUUAGUAGUGAAGAAAAUUUUGAAAUUCUGUUUGUUUU